AAAGAAAAACCAAAUCUCCAAUCACAAACGGAUAAUGGAAUCCUGUAAUAACCUUAAUUCAGAAAUGUGAAAUCAGGCUUAAGAAAAAACAAACAUAGAAAUCCACGUGUCCAUUUUGACAAAGAGUCCUUUUUUCUGUCUUCUGCCUUCUUCCCUUCAAAACCCGCCUUCUCUCCCCUCUUCUUUCUUCUCCCCCAUCUCUCUGGUCGUUAAACACAGUCCUUUUUGACCAAAACUCCGUCGUUUUAAUCCACCACCCAAAAAUUAAAAAAAAAGUAUUUUGGUUUUCAUUUUAAAUAAUGAUGGACGAAAAUUCUGCUACUAUUGAGCAAAUUCUCGGAGAAGUUGAAAACGAUAACGGCAAAAAAGAUGACGUUAACGGAUGGAAAACGGUGUCCUAUUCGAAACGGAAUCGGAAACCAUCUAAACUUCCUCCGCCGGAGAGUUUUUCUCUUGAUCGUUCCAAUGACAGAGUCUCCUCCUCCGUCUUCAGCUCGAUCGAGAAACAUUCUGAGGAUCGCCGUCGUCGCGCCGCUGAGGCUGCGGAGGCAGCAGCAGCGGCAGCGGCUUCUUCCGCCGUCGCUAAGGGAUCGAAGUCUGACGAGGAAGAUGAUAGUGACACCGGUGGUUCUGCCGAGAACGGUGCUGUGGAGAUUAAGAAGGUGAAGCCGAAGAGGCCAAAGAAACCGAAGGUGACUGUGGCGGAAGCUGCUUCGAAGAUUGAUGCUGGUGAUCUUAGCGCUUUUCUUAUUGAUAUAACUAGUUCUUAUGAGACGCAGCAAGAAAUACAAUUAAUGAGAUUUGCAGAUUACUUUGGAAGAGCAUUUGCUUCAGUGAAUGUAGCGCAAUUCCCUUGGUUAAAGAUUUUCAAAGAAUCCACUGUUUCGAAAUUGGUUGAUAUUCCGCUUUCAAAUGUUCCAGAAGAUGUUUAUAAGACAUCGGUUGAUUGGUUGAACCAGCGAUCUUUGGAUGCGCUAGUAUCUUUUGUUUUAUGGUCAUUGGACAGCAUUCUGGCUGACCUAGCCAGUCAUCAAGCAGUUACUAAGGGAUCGAAGAAAGUCUCUCAGCAAUCAUCAUUGAAGUCUCUGGUUGCUAUAUUUGUGGUUUUGGCAAUGGCACUGAGAAGAAAACCUGAUGUUUUGAUCAGUUUGGCACCGACAAUGAGGGAAAAUCCAAAAUACCAGGGACAGGAUAAACUUCCUAUCACUGUGUGGAUGAUUGCUCAGGCCACGCAAGGAGAUUUAGCAGUAGGGCUGUCCCUGUGGGUACAUGUUCUGUUGCCUAUGCUGAGUGGCAAGUCAAGUUGUAAUCCUCAGUCUAGAGACUUGAUUUUACAGUUGGUAGAGAGAAUAAUUUCCUUUCCAAAAGCUCGUCCUAUUUUAGUAAAUGCUGCUGUCAGAAAGGGAGAUCGGCUGGUGCCACCUUCUGCUCUUGAUAUUUUGAUGAGAAUCACCUUUCCAGCACCCUCAGCUCGAGUUAAGGCAACUGAGAGGUUUGAAGCUAUUUAUCCUACCCUGAAGGAGGUUGCCCUUGCUGGUUCUCCUGGAGGCAAAGCAAUGAAACAAGUUGCCCAGCAGAUACUGAAGUAUGCUGUAAAAGCUGCUGGAGAAGGUGAUUCAGAACUAUCAAAGGAAGCGAGUGAUAUUUUUAUUUGGUGUUUAACUCAAAAUCCUGAGUGUUAUAAGCAAUGGGAUGGGCUUUAUCUUGAUAACCUUGAAGCAAGUGUUGCUGUUUUGAGAAACCUUGCUAAUGAAUGGAAGGAGCAUUCUGUGAAACAUUCCACACUUGAUCCUUUGAGGGAAACUUUAAAAAGUUUCAGGCAGAAGAAUGAGGAAGCAGAAGAUGAUGCAAGUGCAUCAUUGAAGGAGGCAGACAAGUACUGCAAGUUGAUUUUGGGACGUUUGUCGAAAGGACAUGGAUGCUUGAAGGGUGUUUUGUUCGCCUCGAUUGCACUAGUUGCAGGUGCCGCUGUCAUGUCUCGAAAUGUCCAAUCUUUGGACUUAGGUAAGCUGUCCGCAAUGUUUAAUCUAUCUUAGAGGCAUGAGGUUAUUCUUGACCAGAGUUCAGCUGCCAUAGGUUUAAUUAUGUUCACAAUAAGACACAUGUUUAAGAUUUGAGCAGAGGCUUGAGUGUUUUCUUUCCCGUUUAAUUUUUGAAUUCUUUUGGGUUUUUACUGAAACUAAAAAUCACAACUCCGGCUGGCAAAAUGUGGGUUGACAACCUAGUAUUCCUCAA